AUGAUUUUGAAUGCUAUGCUAUUGUAAUCGCCAAUAAUGUAUGUGGCUGUUGGUUGUUCAAUUAUUAUGGCUAUGAAAUCAUGGUGGACAUGUUUCAUUAGUGCAAUUGGUAUUGUAGUGAUUAGUUUAAAAAUUGAUAUCAUCACCAUUUGUGAGAUUUUGGCAUUCCUAUCAACAAGUGCAGCUUAUUUGUUCUACACUCAUUAUAAAAACAAAACCAAAAUAAAAGAAACCUCAAAAUCUGAAAUUCUCAGCAUGAUAACAAAAAGAGAUUCAAUAUAAUAUAAACAGCAUGUUUUGGAAAUUGGUUAAUAAUCACCGAACAAGGAAAUUGAACAAACAGAAUACAAUUUAUUCAAAAAAUUAUUAACUGCAUUUCCUGAUGGAGUUUUAAUAUUAGAUGAAUAACUUCAUGUUUAAUUUAAUAAUGCAGCAUUUAGAAGUUUGAUGAAUGAAACCUUUGCUGAUGUUGCAAAAUAGAAAUUGUUAGCUCUAAGAAAUGCAAUAAAUUCGGAAUAAGAUAAUUAUUAAUAAUUGUUUUUGAUUCUAUAUAAAAAGUUGAAAUCCAGAUCAAAAAGCUUGGGUAAUGAAAAAUCAGAUUACAUCUAAUUGAAGAGCUCUGUAGAAUAAGAAGAGGAGGAUUAAAAUAAUCAAGAUAAUGAAUAGCAUUAUAAUAACUUAUCAUAAUCUCCAAUAAUAAUUGAUGAAGUUAAGUAAAUUUUUAAACAAAUGUUGGAAAGAGAACCUAAAUGUGAUUUAAAUUCAUUAACAUUAAAGUUCUUCUAGGACAUUAGCAUCAUAUGCUAAGGAGAGAUGCAAAAGAUAUUCUAAGUAAUUUUAAAACCUUACAUCGCAUAUAAUAAAGGGUUCAUUUUAUUUAUAAUAAGAGAUAUUACUCAUGUGAAUUAAAUAGCCGCUCUAGAAAAAACUAAUUUUAAUAAAUCCCAAAUGCUAUAUAAGGUAGCACAUGAAUUCAAAACACCUUUAAAUAUAAUCAUUCAAAGCGUUGGAACUGUUUUAAACCCUAAUCAUAACGCAAACGAUUAGUGUGUAAAAUAGUUAGAAAAGUCAAUGUAACCCAUUAAAUCUAUGGCUUCUUCAUUGUUAAGUUUAGUAAAUGAUCUUUUGGAUGUAGCAUAGUUGAAAGCUGGGAAAUUUAAUUUAUAAUUUUAAUAAGUUAAGAUAACUGAGUUAAUAAAUGAAAUCAUUGAGAUAAUGAAAAUAUAGGCGAAUUCAAAAGGACUGUAUAUGAAAUUAGAAUAAUAGAAACACGUUCCUCAGUGGAUAACAACAGACCCAAACAGAGUUAAGCAAAUAAUUUUAAAUUUGUUAUCAAAUGCAAUUAAGUUUACAGAAACAGGUGGAAUUACUAUUUAUUUAGAUUUAGACGAAGAUUGUGUUGAAAUAAAAGUGAAGGAUACCGGGAUAGGGAUACCUAAGAAUGAAUAAAACAAACUAUUCACAGCUUUUGGUAGAUUGGAGAAUAGUGAUAAUAUUACUGGAGUUGGCUUAGGAUUGAUGAUAUCGAAUAUAUUGGCUUAGAAAUUAGGAUAAGAGAUCAAAGUGUACUCAGAGGGGGAAAACCAGGGAUCGACAUUUUCAUUUAAGAUUCACAAUAAGAAGGAUAUUGACGAUAGUGUGUGUAUCUUAUAUGAUGAAGAUAACGAAGGGAUUGUCAAUUAGCUUAGGAAUAUACCUUAAAUGUGCAAGUAUAAUGAAAUGGUUUAAUCCCCGAGUAAUAUUAGUAUAUGUAAAUGUGUACAAAUAUUAAUUGUGGAUGAUAUGCCUUUUAACAUUUCAAUUGUUGAGAGUUAGCUGAAACAAUAUGAUUUGAUAAUUGACAAAGCAUACUCGGUGAAGGAGGCAAUCGCAAAGAUUGAUGCUUAUAAUGGAUGUAAUCUACAUUCUACAUAUGAUUAUAUUCUUAUGGAUAUUGAAAUGCCAAUCAUUAAUGGUUAUUAGGCUGUAUCUAUGAUUAGAGAGCGAGUGAAUACACAAAUCAUUGCAUGCUCAGCUCAUUCUAAAACUGAAAUAUCUUAGUUAUCAUUAUUUGAUGGGUAUCUAUAAAAGCCUAUAAAUGUUAAUUAAAUAUUUCAACUACUAAAACAUAAUUGA